CCCGCCGUGCGCCUGGCGCCUCUGUCCCCCCGCGGGGUCGGCUCGCGCGCGGAGGGCUCGCGGGGCUCCGGUGUCGGCGGGGGUGCCCCGGCCGUGAGCCCCCGCGGCGCCCUGGCUCGGAGUUCUCGGCUCUUCUCUCCCGCCAGGCUCCGAUGGCCGAGGGUCGCCGGGCAGCAGCCGCGAUGUGGGGGUGACCGGCCGCGCGCGAUCCGGGAGCCCGCGAGAGCAGCGGCGCCCCGGGCCAGGUGGACGUCCGUCGGCGGGCAGGGCGACGCAGGUGUUCGGGAUGGAAGCGGAAGGCUUGGACUGGCUUUUGGUCCCCUUGCACCAGCUGGUUUCCUGGGGGGCAGCCGGGGCCAUGGUCUUCGGAGGGGUCGUGCCGUAUAUCCCCCAGUACAGGGACAUCCGGAGGACUCAGAACGCUGAGGGCUUCUCGACCUACGUGUGUCUGGUGCUCCUGGUGGCUAAUAUUUUACGGAUCCUCUUCUGGUUUGGAAGGCACUUUGAGUCGCCGCUUCUCUGGCAGAGCGUAGUCAUGAUCUUGACCAUGUUACUGAUGUUGAAGCUCUGCACCGAAGUCCGCGUCACAAAUGAGCUGAACGUAAAACGCCGUUUCUUUGCAGACUUUGACCCUCACCACUUCUGGCACUGGAGCAGCUUUGGGGACUACGUGCAGUGUGUCCUGGCCUUCACGGGAGUGGCGGGCUACGUCACAUACCUGUCCAUGGACUCGGCCCUGUUUGUGGAGACCCUGGGCUUCCUGGCCGUGCUGACCGAGGCCAUGCUGGGGGUCCCGCAGCUGUACCGCAACUACCGCCACCAGUCCACCGAGGGCAUGAGCAUCAAGAUGGUGCUCAUGUGGGCCAGCGGCGACACCUUCAAGACGGCCUACUUCCUGCUCAACGGCGCUCCCCUGCAGUUCUCCGUGUGCGGCCUGCUGCAGGUGCUGGUGGACCUGGCUAUCCUGGGACAGGCCUACGCCUUCGCCCGCCACCCCCAGAAGCCAGCCCCCCACGUGGCACACCCCGCCAGCGCCAAGGCCCUCUGAGGUGGCAGGGGGGACAUGGACGCGUGGCCUCCGCCAUGGGCACUGGCCCAGGCGCCUGUCGUCCCUGCGUGGCCAAGGGGAUGUCCGGGCCAUUGGGAUCUCGAUCAGCUCUGUGGGUCUCGGGUGGGCUGCCAGGGGCCUGGGGGCCAACGUCCGUGGUCCACCCCGAGGACGAGUGUGAGUGGGCACGAGACCCCAGGGCUGGGCUGACGCUGUUUUCCAGGUGAUGGAGAAGCAAGUGUUCUCUUCCUUCCUCUCAGAAAACACCUGUCUGGGACUUGGAAUGUGCUCACAGACCCAGGAAAUGGCAGGACUGCUGCAGGACAGGGCGCCAGGAAGCCCCUCUGGGUCUCGGGCCUGCCGGGAGUCCCCGGGGCCUGCAGCCGGGUUCUCGGCAACCCUCGGCCUGGGCGGGUUGGGGAGCAGGAGUGAGCAGCGGCACCGGGAGAACCACGCACCCGGCGCACAGAGCCUCGUCUCAGAACGGCCCAAACGUGGACAUCCUGGAGACGGCACGCGCGCGAGGGUGACUCAGAGCAGGGCCCGGGCACAGAGAGUGGGCCUGGGGUUUGUACACAGCUGACGCUUGUGGGAAGGAAGCCGUGGGGACACACGUUACAAGUGCUUUUGGUGACCUGCCGGAGUUGGCCCUGUGAGGUCGUCUUCACUGCGGCCGCGUCACGGGACUCGGGACGUGGCCCUCAGCUUGGCAGUGCGGCCCCGAGUAUUCCGUGUGCCCACACACCUCAUUUCUGCACUGGCCACCUCCUGGGAGAUGCCCGUGUGGAUGCCGCUGGCAGCGAGGGGGCGAGCCUGUGUCCGUGCUGGCUGCACGCCGCCAGAGUGAGCUCAGGGGUGUUGGCACCAGAGCCUGGAGUUCCCCGUGAGUGCUGGGGGUAUGUGGGGGGCACAAGUGGCCCGUGUGUGCCCCCAGGAAAGCUGGGGGCCCGGGACCAGGUCUGUAGGGACAUACCCUCCGCCGAGGACAGGCGUACUUACUGGUGUUCCCUCUGGGUUCUGGGAAUCACACGCGCCUGCAGCCUGCCGCCCUGGACGUCCGUGUUCCAGGACGGGGAUGGCCUGCGAGUCAGGCGAGGGCACGUGUAACGCAGGUGUCCCCACGCUCCUCGGGCGUGGGGUGACGUGCCAGGGCGGGCGUCCCUGGCCACGUGCUUUUCCCCCCUCAGUUUUACAGGAGCAUCUCUGCUGUGCCCAGCAGCCCUAGGCGAGCUCCCAGGCCCCGGUGCCUGAGUGUCCCAGCAGCCGUGGGGCUUCCCCUCUGCAGGGCGGAGGGCGGCCCUAGGGCGGGUGUGCGGGGGCAGCGCCGCUGUCCUGCUGUUCCAGCUGCUGCCUUCUCCUGAGCUUUGCUCACAAAUGCCUGAAUGUUUGAGUGAGGGUCCUGCUUAGUCACUUGGGCUGUAAGAUGCUUUGAAAAUGUUUAUUUUUAAACACAGGGGGUGUCAGCAGCCGUAAUUGCUCCAGAUUGAAGUGUCUCCCUCUGACCGCGGCCGUGCGGCAUGUGCCCAGCGAGGGGAGCACUUGGGGUUUCCGCGCUCUGACUUUAACCCAAUAAACCGCUUGCGGAUC